ACAAAAUUGCCACAAACUGUGUUUUCAUAUAUAGAUAUAGAUUGGCAAAUAAGAAAGAUAAGAGAAGAAACAGAUUCAAUCACAAGGGAGGUGAUGAUCAUCAAGAAUAACAGUGCAGAUGCAGUGCAACUUGGUGCUUCCUCUUCCACUGCAGCAGCUUCACUAUCCAGGCCUGCUCCCAUCAUAAAGAUUGACAAUAUGGUUGGUUUACAUGAAGAUCUGCUAGCAAUAAAAUCUCGACUCUGUGGAGAAUCGCCCAAUUUACAAGUUAUCCCAAUCGUUGGAAUGGGGGGCAUAGGAAAAACUACUCUUGCAAAGUGUGUUUACGACGACCCACUAACAGUGCAGCAGUUUGAUAUUCGUGCUUGGGUCACAGUAUCACAGGACUACAAUACAGAUGUAGUUUUUUCGGCCCUCCUAGCUUCCAUGGAAGAGUUUGAUAAAGAUAGAUCCGAGGAGAGCAAUCAAUUGGCUGGGGAAAAAGUGUUCAAGAUCUUGAAAGGCAGGAGGUAUCUCCUUGUAAUGGAUGAUAUUUGGAGCACAGUUGCUUGGGAUGAUGUAAGAAUUAUACUUCCCGAAGAUGGUAAUGGAAGCCGAGUCAUGUUAACGACACGAGAAACUGAUGUGGCUGCUUAUGCUGAUCGUUUGAGCGGUCCCCACAAGAUGCGUUUCAUGGAUGAGGCUCAAAGUUGGAAUCUACUUCAGCAGAAGGUGUUUGCACAUCAAGAUUGCCCUCCGGAAUUGGAGGACGUUGGAAAGGAGAUCGCAAGAUGA